UUUCUUCUGCCAAUAACAAGAAAGAGAGAGGGGUCUAAGUGGUGCUGUAGUUUCUGUAUAUUAUCUGUUUCCAACUAAAAAGAGACGUAGUUAAUCAUUUUAAAUUCAGGGAAGCAAGGUUCUCGGGAUUACACAGCAUUUACCGCACACUUAGAGGCUCUUAGGAUUAGCUAAUAGACUGGCUAUUUGAAAUUUUUUAUUUUUUUCAUGUUUCCAACAGGUUUAUCUUCCCCUAAUCCCCCACCGCCAACUCAGGAGGCUAGAACAGCAUCUUCUGAUGGUAAUAACGGCAGCGGCAGCAUUUCAACGUCCAAGAAGAGAAGACUAAAUAGCUCCGAGAGGGAAGACAUUGAUUCAGUUUCUUCGUCUCCUUCUAAAAGCAAUAACGUUAGCCAUUCCUCGUCCUCCGACUGUUCCACUUCUCAUAUCCAGAAGAAGUUGAGAUUCGAGGACUCGGUAGAUUUCAUUGGACUGGAUGUGAAAAUGGCUGAGGAGUCCACUUCGUCUGCAUCAUGUUCUAACAAAACUAAAAACGUGCUCCUGGCCGCUGGUAUCGGGCACCAUGCAAACGGAUUGACGAAGACCACCGGUUCCACUACUUUCUCCAACAGUAAACCUGGAGCUGCAAAGAAAUUAGUUAUCAAGAAUUUUAAAGAAAAGCCCAAAUUGCCAGAGAACUACACAGACGAAACUUGGCAGAAACUGAAGGAGGCUGUGGAGGCCAUUCAGAACAGCACUUCGAUCAAGUACAAUCUUGAAGAGCUCUACCAGGCUGUUGAGAAUCUCUGUUCCCAUAAAAUAUCUGCAAAGCUUUAUAAGCAGCUAAGGGUGGUGUGUGAAGAUCACAUAAAAGCACAAAUUCAUCAGUUCAGGGAGGAUGCCCUGGACAGUGUGCUCUUCCUCAAGAAGAUAGACAAGUGCUGGCAAGAUCACUGCAGACAAAUGAUCAUGAUUAGAAGUAUUUUUUUGUUUUUGGAUCGGACCUAUGUUUUGCAAAACUCAAUGCUGCCAUCAAUUUGGGACAUGGGUUUGGAGCUCUUCAGGUUCUACAUAAUCAGUGACCAGAAGGUCCAGAGUAAGACAAUCGACGGUAUCCUGCUGCUGAUCGAGAGGGAGCGGAGCGGCGAGGCCAUCGACCGCAGCCUGCUGCGUAGCCUACUGAGCAUGCUCAGUGACCUACAGAUUUAUCAGGACUCAUUUGAGCAGCGCUUCUUGGAGGAGACUAACCGGCUGUAUGCUGCAGAGGGGCAGAGGCUGAUGCAGGAGAGAGAGGUUCCAGAGUACCUCCAUCACGUUAACAAACGUUUGGAAGAAGAAGCAGACAGGGUCAUCACAUAUUUAGAUCAGAGCACACAAAAACCCCUCAUUGCCACUGUGGAAAAGCAACUUCUGGGUGAACAUCUGACUGCGACACUCCAGAAAGGCUUGAAUCACCUGCUGGAUGAGAACAGAAUCCAAGACCUGUCUCUGCUGUACCAGCUCUUCAGCCGAGUGCGAGGGGGAGUGCAGGUUCUUCUGCAACACUGGAUCGAAUACAUCAAGGCCUUUGGAAGCACAAUAGUCAUCAACCCUGAGAAGGAUAAGACCAUGGUGCAGGAGCUGCUGGACUUCAAGGACAAGGUGGAUCACAUCAUUGAGAUCUGUUUCCUGAAGAAUGAGAAGUUUGUCAAUGCCAUGAAAGAGGCCUUUGAAACCUUCAUCAACAAAAGGCCUAAUAAACCUGCUGAGCUCAUUGCUAAAUAUGUGGAUUCAAAACUAAGGGCUGGAAACAAGGAGGCCACCGAUGAGGAGCUGGAGAAGAUGUUGGACAAAAUCAUGAUCAUCUUUAGAUUCAUUUAUGGCAAAGAUGUUUUUGAGGCUUUUUACAAGAAGGAUCUUGCAAAAAGGCUGCUGGUUGGAAAGAGUGCUUCUGUGGAUGCAGAGAAGUCCAUGCUAUCUAAGCUGAAACAUGAAUGUGGAGCGGCCUUCACCAGUAAACUAGAAGGCAUGUUCAAGGACAUGGAGCUUUCCAAGGACAUCAUGGUUCAGUUCAAACAGUAUAUGCAAUGUCAAAACAUCCCUGGUAACAUUGAGCUGACAGUUAACAUUCUCACUAUGGGUUACUGGCCAACCUACGUGCCUAUGGAAGUUCAUUUGCCUCCAGAGAUGGUGAGACUCCAAGAGAUUUUCAAGACCUUUUAUCUUGGAAAGCACAGCGGGAGGAAACUGCAGUGGCAGUCAACAUUAGGGCACUGUGUGUUAAAAGCUGAGUUUAAGGAGGGCAAAAAAGAGCUUCAGGUUUCACUGUUCCAGACACUGGUGCUGCUCAUGUUUAACGAAGGAGAGGAAUUCAGCUUGGAGGACAUCAAGCUGGCCACAGGAAUAGAGGACAGUGAGCUAAGGCGGACCCUACAGUCCCUGGCCUGUGGGAAGGCUCGAGUCCUGACCAAAACGCCCAAGAGCAAGGAUGUGGAGGAUGGGGACAAAUUCUCCUGCAACGACGACUUCAAGCACAAGCUCUUCAGGAUAAAGAUCAACCAGAUCCAGAUGAAAGAAACGGUGGAGGAGCAAGCCAGCACCACAGAGCGGGUGUUCCAGGACCGGCAGUACCAGAUUGACGCAGCCAUCGUCCGAAUCAUGAAGAUGAGGAAAACACUUAGCCAUAACCUCCUGGUGUCGGAGGUGUACAACCAGCUCAAGUUCCCUGUCAAGCCUGCUGAUCUGAAGAAGAGAAUAGAGUCACUCAUUGACAGGGACUACAUGGAGCGUGACAAGGAGAACCCCAAUCAGUAUAACUAUGUGGCUUAGGCGUAGAGAGAGGAGGAGGUGCACACAAGCUGUCAGCUGCUCUGAGCACUCGGUCCAAGCUCCAGUGGAUUUUCAGCAUUACCGUCUUCAACCCAGCGACCGACAACUGAAUGGAUGUGGCCCCACAGAACGAGACUUUCUCAGGGGUCAGUUUUCCUGUGGACUGCAUGCCCAUUAAAGAGAAUAUUGUCCAUUUUUGCAGAUCGCUGGUCAGUGAAACAGAGUACCCUGGACGAAAAAGACAAACCCAAGCUUUUUUAAAGGAAAGAAAACUAUUUAUUUUGAAACAUAGAUCUUUGUCCAUUGUAUGUCCAUUCUGCUCCUUGUUUUUUUUUUUUUUUUUUUUAGUCACUUUUCUUUUAAAUCACUUUUAAAUCACCCAUGCAAAAGAUCUUUCUAACACUGCUCUUACCACAUGUAAAAAGAAAAGCAUUCUAAUAAACUUAAGUUCAUCUGUUCUA